AUGGAGAUGAAAAGAUCCUUUAAGAUAAUUGAACCUGAUUUUGAAGAUACUGACCUUCUUUUAUCUGAAGUAUUUAGCCCUCAGGAGCACAGGCAGUUUGUAGAUAAAACCAGACAACAUACUUCUCUGACAAGUUGGCCUACAGUAGAAGCGAGGGAUGAUUUUGACUUUGCAAACACAACAAGCUUAGCAUAUCCUAGGGAUUGCAGAGAAGAUCUCCUGCAGGCUAUCAAGUCAUUUUGUUCUAAGAUCAAACACAGAUGCUGUGACCACUGUGAUUUUUUUAAACCUUUACCUUCCAUCUUGGAGUCAAUACUGUGUAUUGACCAAAGUACACUGUGUAUACAAUGUGUAUACACAUAUGUGUAUGCAAUACUGUGUAUAGGCCAAGAGUACACGGAUUGCAUCAACGCCUCCUUCAUAGACAGUUAUCGGCAGAAAGACUACUUCAUCACCACCCAAGGACCACUUCCGCACACGGUGGAAGACUUCUGGAGGAUGGUCUGGGAGUGGAAAUGCCACACGAUCCUGAUGCUGAUGGAGGUCCAAGAAUGUGAACAGGAAAAAUGCUUUCAGUAUUGGCCAGCAGAGGGCUCCAUGACGCAUGGACAGAUCCAUAUCGAACUUAAGAGAGACACCAUUUCCAAGGCCAUCAGCGUCUGGGAUUUCCUGGUGACUUUUAAUCAGGAGAAGAAGAACAGGCUGGUCAGGCAGUUUCACUUUCACAGCUGGCCCGAGAUUGGGAUUCCAGCUGAAGGAAAGGGCAUGAUUGACCUCAUUGCUGCUGUCCAGAAGCAGCAGCAGCAGAUGGGUAAUGACCCCAUUACAGUGUAUUGCAGCGCUAGAGUGGGGCAGACAGGUACUUUCAUAGCGCUCAGCAACAUCCUGGAUCAGGUCAAAGCUGAGGGCCUCCUGGAUGUCUUUCAAGCUGUGAAAAGUCUGCGACUGCAGAGGCCUCAUAUGGUACAAACCCUGGAACGGCAUGAAUUCUGCUACAAAGUGGUACAAGAUUUCAGCGAUAUAUUUUCUGAUUAUGCUAACUUCAAAUGA